CCAUAGAUCCAAGAAUGAGUCAGACUCUCAUACCUUGACUGAACAUCAACACCUGGAAUGCCAUCUGUUGCAGAAGCAACAGGAAAGCUUGUGGGGUUUAGUCCCUGUGUUCCAGAAAUCUCAAGAAACCAUUUGUCCUCGAGCUCCCAACCUUCCAUUGGUUAGCCGGUCAUCCCAUGCCCACGUACCAGUCUCCAUCCUUCCUGGCCAUUUUCAUAUCACCUGUGAACCCCAGGACACAUGGGAGUUACAUAGUCCAAGGGAGGUAAUCCCAUGCUCCUGCCCCCAUGACUGUAGAAACCUAGAGUCCCUAGCACUGAUGGAGCCUCAGUGUAAAUUAACAGGAAUCUCUCAGCGAAAAAGCAGACAUGUUCACUCACAAUUCUAUGAGCUUCAGGGCCAUAGUAGCAAGGAUCUAGCAAAGACUGAACUGAAUCUCUCAGGAAGAUUCCGUGAGAGGGUCCCAAGAAAGUCCCAGCUAAGGAAGGAUAUGAGGAGGAAUCUUGGGUAUAUCCUAGAGAAGAGCCCACAAAGGGUCUCAGAAUGCUACCUAGUGAAGGGUCGCAGGGCUGCCUUGGAGACAACAAGUAACUGUGUGUGUCAUUCAAGGAAUCACUCAGGGAAUGAAUUAUUAAAUGUCUCAAGGAAGGAGACAGACCAGAAUCAAAUCAAAAGCGCUCUUAGAUUAUAUAUGAGCAAGAAGUUUUGGCAGAUCACAGCGGGUAGGAUUCCUAUAGGUGUGUGUUAUUCAUGGCUGGCUGAUGACAAUACAUUGCCUUUCUCUGGGAGUUCCCAGACUACCUCAGAAAACACAAAUUCAAAAAAGACUCUGGUGGGUAGGGUUUACUGCCAGGUCACCACUCUAGGACUUUCUUUUCUUGAUCCCAAUACACGACAGGUACUAGAGGCACAUAUUAUAAGAUUUCGCAUGAGUCAGAGGUGGGGUCUACCCCUCAGGGUUCUUGAAUCCAUAAAAUUCUCUAUGUUGAGAGAAGCCAAAACAUGGCCUCUUCCCCAAGUUGACUUUCCCUCCUCAGCCAUGCAUAUUUCUGGGGUGGAUUCCAAAGCUGAGUUUUUUAAACCCCUUGAGGGAAGCUCCAAAACUUUUUUGGGAAACAGGGUGAGAACAGCAAAUUCAGUCCCCACCCUGGAUCAUCCUCUCCCUACUAUGUUAUCUGUGGGCAAUGCAGGACGGGGGGUCCUGAAGGCAUCACACUCUCACACUGACCAUAGUCCUGCCCAGUGUAUCCAGAUACCUGAGUGUGGCAGCCAGACUUUUCAGCCCCUUACACACAGCAUCGGAGCUCAGGUCAGACCCAGUGAGACUGUACCAGAAAACACAUGUGGCCCAGAGGUGCCCACAAGGCAAGCUGCGGCUGGACAUGAGCCAAGGCAUGAGAAUGUGGGUUCCAGCAACAGAGUAGAAAUGGUACAGGGCAAAGUGAUGGUGGAGAAGAAUUUAGAAGAAUUUGCCAUGUCCAACCUGUCCACGGAUAUAUUCGACACCGAGGAGCUCCGUACUCUUCAAUCCCAAUCUUGUGACACCUUGACAACCAAAUGAACAGUUUCCUCCUGAAAGUUACUUCAGAAAAAAGAUGAGGCACUUUCUUCAGUGGAUCAAGUCCAAGAAAAAAAUCACAGGGCAGCAGGAAUGUCCCCAGCAAAAAGGCAAGUUCAUGUCAACCUUAGUGCAGCACCAAGACCCAGUUGAAAGUGUGACUACUUUUGUGAGCGAUGGGCCUCCUGAAGCUCACAAGCUCAUGACUACCACUGGGAAGGUCCUAGAAGAGAAGCUGGCAUGUGACGGAUCUGAGGCCUCAGCAGUAAGCCAGCAGCAGGAGGAACUACAGGCCCAGAGAUAUUCCUCCAACUAUUGGGCUCUCUCUGAGCCACAACAAAAGAAACGGGCAAGUAUCAAGUCCUGCAGCCAUGAAGCCGUCUGUGCUGACCAGAACCGUCUUAGCAGUGUCAGACAGAACAGA